AUGACAACGAACAGUAUGCAUUUGUUUACAGUUUUAAUACAAGUGGAUGCACCACCAAAUGAAGUACAGAGUGCAAGUAUAUCAAGUACUAAUAAUGAACAUUUGAAUAAUGAUGAUAAACCAAAUAUAAAAAGUAUAAUAAAAAAUCGUCGUAAGAGUUCAAAUUACUUAAAUGAAAAUUAUAACAAUAAUGAAAUUAAAACAAAAAUAAGAAAAUCAGCAAAAAAUGUAUUUUAUAUAUUAAAUUGGAUUGGUCAAUACAAUUGUAAAUAUGCUAUAAGUGAUUUUAUAGCUGGUGUUACACUAGGUUUAACAAUAAUACCGGAAAGUAUUGCUUGUGCUCUAUUAGCUAAUUUACCACCUCAAUAUGGACUAUAUUCAUCAUUUAUGGGACAACUUAUUUAUUUGAUAUUUGGUAGCGUAAAUAAAUGCAUUAUUGGGCCAACAAGUCUUGUCGCUCUGGUUGCAGUACAAUUUACAGUUGGAAAACCAAUUGAAUUUUCUAUUAUCAUAACAUUUUUAGCUGGAUGUGUGGAGUUACUUUUUGGUAUACUACGACUAGGUUUUAUUUUUGAUUUUAUAUCAUUACCAGUAAUAAAAGCAUUUACUUCAGCAACAGCUAUAUUGGUGACUGAAUCUCAGAUCAAAUCAAUUUUAGGUUUAGUUUACGUUGUACCAGGUUUUAUCAAUUCAAUAAUAGAAUGGACAACAAGAAUAUCGGAAUCACGAUGGCCUGAUGUUUUAAUGGGUACUGGAUCAAUUAUUUUUUUAAUGUUAUUAAAGCAAUUAUCUCGCAUCAAAUUUGAAAAAGAACAGAGAAAUCUUAAAACCUUUAUAAAAUAUGUUGUGUUAUCAAGAAAUGUUAUUGUUGUUUGUGUAGCAGCUACCAUUAUUUACAUAUUAAUUGAAGAAUCACCAGAUAAUGAAGAGUUAUUCCUCUUAAGUAAGAAUGUUGUACCGGGAUUUCCAAAUAUUUCAUUACCACCAUUUUCAUUUCAACAUAAUAAUGUAACAUACAGUUUUACAGAUAUCUGCAAGGAAUUAAACUUUGCGAUUUUUGCUAUUCCAUUGGUAUCUUUAUUAACUAAUAUAUCAGUUGCACGUGGUCUUACACCAAAAGGAUCAGUAAAUGCAAAUCGUGAAUUAAUUGCAUUAGGAUUAUGUAACAUUUUUGGUUCAAGUGUACAAUCAAUGCCAACAUGUGGUGCAUUUUCAAGGGCAUCAAUUGGGCAAUCUAGUGGUUUAAAAACGUCAAUCGCAGGAUUAUACUGCGGUUUAAUUGUUAUAUUAGCAAUUAAUUUUUUAACACCAUAUUUUCAUUACAUACCUGAGGGAACAUUGGCCGCUAUUUUAAUAUGUUCAAUUUUGACAUUACUCGACUUAAAAUUACCAAUAAAAUUAUGGAAACAAAAUAAAGCGGACUUCGUAACAUGGAUGCUUAGUUUUGUUGUUUGUAUUUUACUUGGCGUUGAAAUGGGUUUAAUUUUUGGUGUUGCAAUUACUAUUCUACAACUUAUUUGGUAUUGGGCUAGACCAAAAGUUGAAAUGCAAGUUCAGCAGACUGACGACAAUAAUUCUUAUAUUCGCAUUACAAUUGUUAAUGGUUUGUAUUUUCCAAGCAUUGACUUUAUACGCCAUAAAAUUUUAAAAUCAUUUAAAUUAUAUUCAUCUGAAGUCAUCCCAGUUGUUAUAGAUUGCAAUCGUUUGACUGGAUUUGAUUAUACAGCGGGCAUGGGAAUUAUAAAGCUGAUGAAAUCUAAUAGUAAUCGAAUAUUUAUAAUGUACCAAUUACCAGUGGCAUAUGAAAAUUUGAUUCAAAGCUUAAAUGAUGACGUACAUAUUGACAAUUUGUUAUUUUGUCACGAUGAAAUUUCACUAAAAAGUAGUCUUAAUGCUAAAAUUGCCUUGAAUCAUCCGGUUUGAUUUUUCUUCUGGAUUUAGUGGAACUCAUGUUGUAUACGGAUAUGUAUGUAUGUGUAUAUAUUACGUAUAUUUGAGUGCCAUGUUUUUCAGUAAUUGGAAGAUACUUACGCCUCUGCUUUAGACAAAUAAUUUUCGCUUUAGCUGUGUAGAUGUGUUAGAUUCUACAUUUAUAGAUGUACUAAAUGUUGUAAGUUAAGAUAAUUUGUUGUAUUUCCAUUUACUAUUGAAA